AUGAAUCUUGAUACAGCAACACUCAUUCUUGAAAAUUCAACGUUGCUUGAGAAUGUUAGAGCUCUUGUUAAAAGAUAUCCAUCAUUAACAAAAAGUUUAACCAAUUUGGAAAUGAUAUUUGAUCCUUUCAUAUUGAGAUAUUUACCAAAAAGAGAACAAUUUAGAAUUCUCUUUGGUAAAGAAGAAAAAUUCAAAAGUACUGCACAAGUUACAGACUUUGAUAUGAACUUGAAUUUGCUGAAAGAGAGAUUUGCAAAAUCACAUCCUGGAUUAGUUAUUCCUUUCCACAGAUUUGGAUUAAUACAAAAAAAGUAA